AUAUAUAACUUCCUCAUUCCUGAAGAGAAAAGCGUAAAACCAUUUCCUUCAAGCAAAGAACUCUAUUUGACCCACAGCGGCAAAUAAACCAGGUAGCCUCAACCAGCAGUAAAUAAACAAAGAUAAAGGAAGGGUAUUCCCCUCAAAGCUAGGAAGAAACAUCCAGGACUGAUAGAAAGGGAGAUGAGGAAAGGCUACUUGUUAUGGUUCUUCACCUUGCUGUGUUCUCAAUUAUUCCUGUGUAGCUUGUCUCUUGAUGAAGUUCCUACACUCCAAAAUAAAGAUCCCAAGAUCAAAAAACUUCCGCCAGUAGCCCAAGAAAAACAGGGAACAUAUAGCAGUGGCAAUUUCAGUCUCCAUACUUAUGGUGGUGCAAAGGAUCACACCACCGAUACAGAGAUGGCACAGAGAGGGAGGGGAACCUAUGGCGGUGCAAAUGUAGUCCAUCGAAGGCCUGGUGAGAAGGCUGCAGCAUCAGUCCUAGAAAGCCCGUUUGGCUUAUUUUUGCUUCUUAUUUUACCUCAUCUCGUUGCCUAAAUGCUCCCUGGAGUAUAACCACAGAAGUUUCCACCACUUCUCUGUCUUCAGCUAUUUAUGAUUUGGACUACUAAGUUUCUUCCUUGAGCAGACUGUCGCAUGAGCUCUUAAUUUUGGCUCAUCUCCAAUUUUUUCAUAUGAAUGUUGGUUAUGCCA